AUGGACGUUAUGGUGGGUCCAACUUUCACCAUCGACGUUCCCUCCUCUCCGCCGCCGCCGUACGCCUCCUCCGCAGUCGACCGCCCGUACGGUCUCUUCUCCGGCGACUCCUCUGAAAGCUCUUCCUCGAUCGGAACCCCGGACGAGAGCGACGAAGAAAAUGAUGUCGUUUCGUCAAAAAGAAACCAAAACGACGCAGAAGAAGAAGUUCACAACACGCUGAAGAGUUUCGCCUCUCUCGAUUCAUUAGAAGACUCUCUUCCCAUCAAGAGGGGGUUAUCGAAUCAUUUCAUGGGAAAAUCGAAGUCAUUCACAGAUCUAUCACAAGUGAACACAGUGAAGGAACUGCAGAAGCAAGAGAACCCUUUCAACAAGAGAAGAAGGGUUCAAAUAGCGUCAAAGUGGUCGAGAAGAUCCUCCUUCUACACUUGGUCUAACCCAAAAUCGAUGCCCCUUUUACCCCUUAUUGAAGAUGAAGAUUUCUACGAAGAAAACCCCAAAAAAGUGUCACCAUCAUCUUCUUCUUCAUCUUCAUCAGAGGAAAAGAAACACGAAGAUCAAGUUUUGAAGACACAGCAAAGAGAACCUAAGUCCUAUGUUGAUCACAUGAAAGUUAGAUUUGGAAACUUUAAGUCUAGGAGUCUCUCGGAUCUGAAAGAACACUGUGAGGAAGAAGAUGAUGAAGAAGAAGAUAACGAUGAUUAG